AUUUUCUGAGUAUUAAAUUUACAGAUGUUUUAUAUACAUAGGUCUGUUUGAAAUAUGUACCCCUUCUUUGAUUUCUAGAAUCUACCAAAAAAAUAAAAAUAACAGAGAAAAAAAUCAUUGACGCCUCUGCCGGCCAUUGUUUGCUUAACUAGAGUUUGGUUCGGAGAGAAAAUAGUGAGUGAUUGCCGAAACACAAAUACAGCACUGUGCUUGCGGUACAACAGUAUCGAAAUCAAAUCGUAGCCACAUCUGCAGCUUGUUAGAAUUUGGCAAAGUACGGUAUAGUAAGCUGUUAUAUCUGUAUAUAGAUAAAAGCUACGUGGAAAUGUAUAAAGCAACGCAUCCUUAUGAAGCUCAGCAAGAGCACCUGCUUUCAUUUUCAGUUGGUGACACCCUCUGCAUUCUUGAGAAGAACAAUGAAUCUUGGUGGCUAGCUUCAAACAGCCUGGGAAAAGUUGGAUACAUACCACGAACAUAUGUUACUAAGGAGAAGAAUGACUCGUCAGAUGUCGUUUUACAAUCGGUUAACAAUGCCAUUGAAGAACUCAUCGCUUCAGCUCCUGCUGGUAUGCUCAAGCCACAACAGCAAGCUUUGCUCAAAAAAUUAAUAGCCCACAAGGAAAGUUUGAUUGCUAGCAUAAAGUCAAGAUCAUCAUCAACAAAACGCCGAGCUCCGCCACCACCCCCUCCACAUGAACAUGAAGUGAAAAUUUCUCCUGAGCCAUCAGUCUCUGAAUCCACUUAUUCCACUGCCAGUUCAAAUGUAUUGCCAAGUUUGCCUCCUGCUGUCCCACAAAGAAACACCAGUCUAACAAAACCUGAAGUAAUGGAAAAGGAAAGUUUUUCACCUGCACCUUCAAGACAUGAUGUUCCUCAAGAAUUAGGUUCAGAACUUCUGGGAAUUUUGAAAACAACCUUAAACACAAAUGAAAGCAAAAGUAGGACUGCAUUAAAUGCAAUCUUACUCGCAAUGAAAUCGAGCAUUCCUAGUUUGGGAUGUACAUUAGAUGAAAUUAUGGAAACUAUACCUAAGGAAAAUGUUGAUGAAGAAUGUGUUAAACUUGGCCUUGCAUUGGCAAAUCUACAAGAAAUAAAAGAUGACGCGCAACAAAGAAAUUGGGCAAUUGGAAAUGACGAAGAUAAAAUUAUGGGAAUAUUAAAUGAAAUUCUCUCUGAACUUGCAUCACUGGAUAAAAAAUCUAGCAUUAAAUUGCUGUCGCAUGAUCAACAUGUAGCACUUCACACAUUGGUCGAUUAUCAUCAGAUGGAAACUCGAGUCUCUCUUCGAUUAGUUGUUCUUCAAAUAUUCGGAGUCAUCUGUUCAUUGUCCAGGAAUCUUGUGUCGGUGCUCCUAGCGACAGUAUUGCCAUUGGAGAUUGCAAUGGAUAUUACGAAUCACACACAAGAUACGCAAAAAACUUGUUAUUCAUCACUGGUCAUGAGUAUGCUAUUUUCUACUGCAGAAGCAAUACCAUUUAGUCAUUAUGGUAGACUCAAUCAAGCGUUUAUUGGCUUCUUACUCAAUUAUAUUGAAGAUGACAUCGAUGAUGUUGAACAAGAUGAACAAGUUGUUGAAAUGUUUAUCAAUAUUAUUUUAUCAUUCAAUUUGCACUUUAUAGUACCAUCCGAAAAUAUUGUUAUGAAGUCAAUCAUAAACAGGGGAACAUGUACAACAUUGAGCGAAAAGAUUAUGAUAUUAGUCAAUAGAGGAGAUGAUCCUGUGCUACUUGAAGAACAUUGGGAAAACAAUGAAACUGAACGUCCUCCACCAUCAGUGUUAAAAUUUUUACAAGAUAUAUUUUCACAAAGAGAUUCUGCCACUUUUCUAUACACUAAUGAUAUGAAUGUUUUACUGGAUAUUAUCACAAGAAAUCUUGCAGAUCUUUCUAGCGGUAGCAAGCUGAGAAAAGAAUACCUUGAUCUACUUCUUGGAAUUCUAGCAAACUCAAACUAUUCAGAAUCUAGACAUAGAUCUGUUGAUAUUGGUUCAAGUUUACAUCGAAUUAAAGACGAAGAACAACCUGAGAGUUUAGAAGAAAGACAAGCUCUGGAAUUUGAUAAACAUAUCAUUGAUGAGAUAUUGUCUAAUUAUGGACAUUUAUUCUCAUCAAGCAUACUUUGAAAUGAUUUUGAGAGUUGUUCGAGAUAUUUUAACGGUACUCCUGUAGUAUGUGUACCAGGUUAGGGUUGGACCAUAAUUUUAUUCCGAUUUUCCUUAUUUUAGUUCGGGGACUGUCUGUGUUAACCGAGUGAAUAGACCCCCUUCCCAUAGGCUUCAGUCCCUUUACACAACUUGAUGUAAAGUAGGCGAACAAACUUAGUUACCUCUAUAUUGGUACACGUACUUCUGGAGCACCAUUUUAACACCUGACACAUUUUAAACAUUAAAACCUUUUUAACGGCAACAAUUGGAUGUUCAGAAUUUAUGAUGCAAUGUUUUGAAUUGUAAUUGUGAUAAAAAUUUAUUUACAGAAUAUGCAGUGGUUUUGUAGCAAUUUUUAAAUAGAUAUAUAUAUAUAUAUAUUACAUCAAUAUUCCUAGAAAUUAUGUUCAAAGCUAUUUUGUCUUCUAAGUUCCGAGAUUUUGGUUAAGCACGAUCUGUGACCAGUUUAAUAGUUUCAUAUACCAGAAUAUUGGGUACUCCCGUAGUGUGUGUACCAGGUUAGGGUCAGGUCAUAAUUUUAUUCCGAUUAUCCUCAUUUUAGUUCUAAUACGAGUUCAGGUACUGACUGUGCUAGCCAAGUGAAUAUCCUCCUGCCAAUAGGUUUCAGUCCCUUUACACAACUUGAUGUAAAAUAGGCGAACAAAAUUAGUUACCUCCAUAUUGGUACAUAUACUUCUGGCUCUCAUAUUUUCCUUGUCUUAAUCAAAUCAUCAAGCAUUGCUCUCCCAGUGCUGCUGGUGGAGUUAUCUUUCUAUUUGGUACCUGACUUACUCUUUUUUGAACCCUUUUUAAAUUAUCGUUUAUACUUAUACAUUUAUAUAAUUCAAAUUAUAUUGUUUUUGUUCAAUUAUAAUCAUUCCUUACAUGAAUUAAACCUACUAAAUAUUGUUGUUA